AUGAUUGUGUUGUCAUCGCCCCUGCAGUUCACGUGUAGUAACGGCGCGUGCGUGCCGCUGGUGUGGGUGUGCGACGCGGACUCUGACUGCGGCGACGGGUCGGACGAGGGCGCGCAGUGCGCGGCGCGGACCUGCGGGCCCGCCGACUUCCGCUGCGGCUCGGGGCGCUGCAUCCCGCGCGAGUGGCUCUGCGACGCCGAGCCCGACUGCCCCGGCCGCGAGGACGAGGCGGCGUGCGGCGCGGCGCGCGCGCCCCCUCCCUGCGACCCCACCUACUUCCGCUGCCCCGACGGCCGCUGCGUGCCGGGCCGCUGGCGCUGCGACGGCGACGACGACUGCGGCGACGGCGCCGACGAGCUGGGCUGCGAGCCGCGCCCCUGUUCGGAGUCGGAGUUCCGCUGCGGGUCCGGCGAGUGCGUGCGCGCCUCGCUGCGCUGCUCGGGCGCGGCCGACUGCGCCGACGCCAGCGACGAGGCGGGCUGCGCGCCGCACUGCGGGCCGGGGGCGCGCGCCUGCCGCGGGGGCGCGGCCUGCGUGCGCUCGGACUGGUGGUGCGACGGCACGGCGGACUGCGCGGACGGCUCGGACGAGGCGCAGUGCGGUGCGGGCGCGGGCCGCUGCGGCGCGCGGCUGGACUGCGGGGGCGCGGCGCCCUGCGCGCCCGCCGCCUGGCGCUGCGACGGCCGGCGCGACUGCGCGGACGGCCGCGACGAGGCGGCGGCGCAGUGCGCGGCGCUGGCGUGCCCGCCGCCCAUGUUCCGCUGCGAGGACGCGACGUGCCUGCCGCCCAACCUGCUCUGCGACGGAGUGCCGGACUGCGCCGGCGACGAGGACGCCGCGCUCUGCGCGCGGCGACGCUGGCUGGGCGAGGAGUCUCCGUGUGCGGCCGGCGAGACGCUCUGCGGGGACGGGCGCUGCGUGCCCGGCAACUCCAGCUGCGUCAUAGUGCAGCUGUGUGCUCGGCCGAUGUCGAGCCGUGGGGUAACGCUGGAAGUUGUUGUUGCAGAGAGGUCGCGCGCGUGUCGCUGGGACACCUGCUCCCAGCUGUGUCUGCCCAAGCACGACAACCACACCUGCAAGUGCGUGCCGGGGUACAAGCAGCGCCAGCUGGCGGACGGCACGCUGACCUGCGAGGCCCUGGGGGACAAGCCGCUGGUGCUGGUGGCGGCGGGCGGAGCCCUGCAUCUAUGGGAGCCGCACAAGCAGGCCCCGGCCGCUGCGCCCCCGGCCUCGCGCUCCCCUGACGCCCCGCCUUUGGUCGAUAUCACGUGCGCUGCCGCGGCGCUGGUGGGCGCGCAGUGGUGGCUGGUGUGGGGCGAUGCGGGCGGCGCGCUGCAGGCGGCGGACGCCACGGCGCUGCUGGCGGCGGCGGGCGCGGCGCGGGCGGCGCAGCUGGCGGCGCUGGCGGCGCGGGAGGUGGCGCGCGCGGAGGGCGCGGUGCGCGGCGUGGCGCUGGACGCGGCGGCGCGGCGCGUGUACUGGAGCAGCGCGGGCGCGGACGGCGCGCUGCACGUGGCGGCGCUGGACGGGCGGCGCCGCGCCACGCUGUACCGGCGCGCGGGGGCCGAGCCCGACGCCGUGGUGCUGCACGGCGCGACGCUGUACUGGGCGGAGCGCGGCCGCUGGGCGGGCGUGCGGGCCGCGGGCGCGGACGGCGCGGGGCUGCGCUGGCUGGUGGCGCGCCGGGUGCGCCGCCCGGCCGCGCUGGCGCUGGACGCGGCGGCCGCGCGCCUGUACUUCGUGGACGAGUACUACGACACGCUGGAGACCGUGCGCCUGGACGGCUCGGACCGGGUCACGCUGGCGCGCUUCUCGCAGCGCCCGGACCCCGCGCCGCGCGCCCCCACCUACUACGUCGAUGGAGACGAACAACGGAAUUAUAAAGAGGUCAAUGGUGUUGACAUCAGUAAAGGAGCAGGCUGUGACGAGAUGCGGCUGGCGCCGGACGGGGGCGCGGUCGGGGGCGCGGGGCCGCGCGUGGUGGUGGGGCGCGCGUGCGUGCGGGCGCUGGUGUGGGAGGAGUGGGUGUGGUGCGUGACGCCGCGCGCCCUGCUGCGCCUGCACAAGCGCGGCGCCGGUGCCCCGCGGGCCGCGCGCGCCCCCACAGCCGCGCCGCUCACCGCGCUCGUACUACUGCACGCGGCGGCGGGGGGCGCGGGGGGCGCGGGGCCCGACCCGUGCGCUGCGGCGUGCCACAGCACGGCGCUGUGCGUGCGCAGCGCGGCGCCGCGCGGCUCGGCCUGCCUGUGCCCCGACGGCCUGCUGCCCGACGACAACGCCGACCUCUGCGUGUGUCACCCGGGGUACGAGGGCGCGCGCUGCGAGCUCGCGGUUGGCGCCGGGGGCGCAGGGGGCGCGGGGGGCACAGGGGGCGCGGGUGAGGAGCCGUGCGGCGCAGUGACGUGCGAGAACCAGGGCACGUGCGUGGUUGCGGGCGGGCGCGCGGCGUGCGCGUGCGCGGCGGAGUACACGGGCGCGCGCUGCGAGCGCUGCGUGGGCGGCCCCGACUGCGGGCCCGCCGGCGUCUGCGUGCGGGCCGCGGCCGGGCCGCACUGCCGCGCCGACAUCUGCCGCUUCUUCUGCCUCAACCAGGUCAGUGGCGGCCCGCUGCCGGCGCCGCGCCGCGGGCCGCAGCCAGCCACUGUGUGUGUGUGUGUGCAGGGCACGUGCAGCGUGUCGGCGGUGGGCGCGGUGUCGUGCGCGUGUCCGCCGGCGUGGAGCGGCGAGCGCUGCCAGCGUCCGGCCUGCGUGGACGCCGCGUGCAGCGCGCACGACGCCGGCAACGACACGGACGACGUGCCCACUGCGCACGACCACACGGAGCGCGCCGACCACGCUGACCACGACGAGCACGACCACAACGCCAGUAAGUACCUCGCUACGAUCACACUAACGCAUGAUGUCGUCCUGAGACCGCACUAA